UUUUUUUUUUUUUUUUCCCAUACUGUGACUAAAUCUUGACUUCAAGCUAUUCUGUCAAGCAUUGCCCAUUUUUCUGCAUUGUAUUUUGCUUUCGCCGAGAUAGCAAGUCCUCCAGAAAAUACUGUCUUUCUGGAACAUGCUGUUCUCAAGCUAGCGGAAAUAAUUUAUGCCUAAACUGGUUUUGUGGACUCACAUCUGGAUUUUCUGUCUUCCUUUCUCUUGCCCAGGUCAAAGUAGUACAAAAUUCUGCUUUUAGACUUCAUUUAUGGCUAUUAGUGCCUAUCUGCAUUAUUAAAUUAGUGCAUGUUUUUCAGUAUUAUGUAUGCUGUCGUAAUGCAGGAAAGGUUUGGGCUUUCUCUGUUCCUUUAAUUUCUGGUCAGAGCAUGGCUUGCAGUCAUCGUUCUUUAAACACUUGAGUGCAAUCUGCUUUAUUGUGUGCACUGGUGCAAAUACACUAUUGCUAACUAAUGAUGCUGUGUCUGAUGGAAUCUGUCAAAAAGGGUCAGUAAAGGAGGAUCAUGUUUGUCAUCUGUGUGGUUGAAAACAUAAAUGCUAACUCUAAACAGAGUCUCUAUAUUUUGUUGGAAUGUUUAGCCAGAUCUGCAAAGACAGAAUGCGGAGAAGGUAGGAGACAGUAAGCAAAACAUCUCCAGCAUUUAGAAAGAUACCUAAAAGUCAAUUGAGUGUUUGAGACCUUGAACACUGCUUGUGAAUGUAGUAUAGUUUGAAGCAUGUCUGGUGGUGGAAUAACUGACUUUGGGACUUCGAAAGCAGGAGUUUCCAAGCUGUGGUGUGUGUACCAUUAAUACAAGUGUGUAGGUAGAACCCUGCUUUAAAAACACCUAAGUGUAACAACACAUCAUCAAGAAGGAAAAGGCCUUAUUCCAAAAGCCUAAAUGUGGAAAUUGGUUUAAAAGCUUUCUACACUAUGUUUAUAUAUGUUGUUAGUCUUAAAUGAUUCUUGUCUACUUAAGACUUUUGGAGAAGCUGGAGAAGGAUGGUCGUGCUCUUUGAAUGCCUUUACAGCUUCAUCUGGAUAGUAACCAGAGGGAGAAUAAGAAUAACAUACACCAGGGUUGAGAUUUUAGGGAUGGGUGACCUCAUUUCCUAUUUACUGCUGUGUCAGAAAAGCUGUAUGGAAACAUUUAAAUAAUAUUUUGGGAAUGUUAUUUGGUAUGUGGAAUUCUGUCUGCAGUGUUGCUUUUAGCAAUGCUUUCACUGACACGAAAUGUAGAAAAUGGGAACAGAAGAUGACUUUAGACAAAGUCCUUUCUAUAAGAAAAGAAUUUUGAUUUUUAGUCUGCUUGCAUUAAAUUGUUCAAGAACUUAAGACUUUUUUCGAUUUCUACUCUGAAUUCUAGCUGCCACAGAAGUUUUCUCUUGUAAGAUGGAUUUGUAGCGUGAUAAACACUUCAGUUUUAUUGUUCAAGGCUAAGAACGUAUGUUUUCAGUUUUAACUCAGCUAGCUUGAGUGUAUGUUGAAGGAUGGCUUGAGUUUUUAGAAAAAAUAAUCAGAGCUUGUUAGCUCUGUGCUUUCUCUUUUAUUCUUGUCCUGAAACUCCGUAGUAAUACUUGGCUGACGACUGAUUACCCUUCCCAGCAGCCAAAAUGUUUUCAUAUCGUAUCUGUUUUGGCAAGUUGAUUGUUUUUAUGUUGUUUUCUUCAUAAAGAUCAAAAUAGUUCUCUUCCGUUAUCUCUGUGGACCUCUUAAUUUACUUAAAUUAUAUUAUUUCUUUUCUUUAUAGCUUAAGAGUAUAGUCAUGUGAGAGAAAGUUCAGGGUUCGCUAUCUGAAUUAACAAGGCAAAGAGUUGUGGGAAAAUGAUGGCUUUAAUCGUGGAAGAAAAAUGUGUUAAAGGUGAUAAUACAUAACUGCCUAAAGAGAGAGAUGACUGAUAAUGGGGAGAAGUUAAGUUGGGUACAGCACAUACAUAUUAAUAUGCAAGACAGCCUUUAAGUAAAAUAACCUUUAUUUUUAAUUCUUGUUAUAGGCGCGAUAGGGCUAAAGUUGCUCAAAUUAUGCAAGUCUUUCAUUGUUACUUAGCUAAGGUGAACCAAAUUAUAGUUUUCAGUGGGGAAGAUAGGAACAGAAAUGGCAGUUCCAUCAUGACCACUGACAAAACAUAUUCCAGGGAAUUAUUUUUUCAUUUGGAAAUGCCAGAACCCCAGAGGUAGAAGGGACAGCAAACUUGUGAGAACUCUUGUACAUUUAAAUACAAUGCUAGUGCAUCUCAUAGCUAUUCGUAGUUCCUCCGUAGGUAGUGCUUCCUGAUGACAACUUUAAGUUAAGGUUUUAGAAGUACAUGAUCACCUGAGAGGAACUGCUUAGAAAUUACUUCAUAUGUGGGAAAUAGUAGAAGGUGCAUUUCAAAGCCUCCAGUACGCUUUUCUUUUUUUCAAACUGAGAAACAGUUCCUAGGUAAAUCAGUUAGAUAUAUUUCUCCGGCAGUUCCUUUAAGCCUGUAUGUUAAGGAGACUGUUUUGAAGCCUCACAGUUGUAGUCCUGGAGUCCCGUACCUUGUAGCUAUUGCACAAUAGAGGAGAGACUACAAUUCCCAUAGUACUUCCACAUACUGGUACUCCAGUGACAUCAGACAUUACAUGGCUGAGACUGGUUGUAAAGCAAGAAGACUGAAAAUGCUAAAUCUGUGCUUAAGAAUCUAAAUUGCUGCUCAUAUGGCAAUGCUGCAUACUUCAGAGAAGAGAACUUGUAUACUGCUAACAAGGACAUGGUCAAACAAAGUGCCACACUUGGUCAUUACAAGCCACAGGUAAAUAGCAAGAAACAAAAAAUGGACACUCAGUUAUUCUCACCGUUAUUAGGAACGAUUACUAAUACACCACCCCCACUAGAAUCUUCACGUUUAUAUAGUGACUGGGCUGCAUGUGGAGAUGAUACCAGCGCAAAAACUUCUUUUCAAGACUGCACAAAAAAAAGGGCACAGAUAAAUCUUUCGUAUUCUGGUAAUGGCCCCGAUAUGUUUGGGCUGGUGACAAGCAUUUUAGAGGAGCCAAACAAGCCAGAACCAGUUACAGAUUGGAAUUCUCUUUCAAGAUUAUUUCCACCUAUGUGGGCACCUGAUCUUGGAAACAGUGGUGAAUUCUCAGGGCUUUCGCCUAAGCACUCUGUUGAAAGUAAGGAUUUUUCAAACCUGAUUGGCACGCAGAACUGCUAUCAAGAACACUUGCAGAAGGCACAUGAUGUGGAGGUGUUACACAGAGGGUUUGAAGAUCUUCAUCUCAUAGAGUCUUGGCUUUCUCCCUCUGACUCUUGUACUCAGCCUGAUAAUAUCCUGAAGAACAGUUACCCUGAAAAUUCCUCUUUCCAAAAUAAUACUGUAAUUCAGCAAGAAGGGUUUUCUUUUCAGAAUGUGGACUAUAAUCAGCAUGUGUGCAAUUAUGACCUUAUGAGGUUAAACAGAGACUAUGAAAAAAUCAGUUCCAAUUUUAGCACCUUUUCUUCUCAAAACAGAAUUAAAGAAGGCACUAACUUUCAGAAAGAGUAUUGGAAAACUGAAAGAUCAAGAGGCAACAUUAUGAAAAAUGAUGCACAAGAACAAACAAAGUACUCCCCUGAGCUGUCUAACCAACCUGUUGAUGACUCUUGGGAUAACGUAUCCCAGGACAACCACUUGUUUUCUAAAAGAUAUGAAAACUUUACAGCUACUCAUAAAUCACAUUCAUCUGUUCAUCCAUCGCUGUAUUUUUUCAAUCAACCAGCUAAAGAAAACCAUUUUUCUGGAGGAGCAAACAGAAAACCACAGGAAACUCAUGUGCAGAAUGGUCAUAAUACCUUUACUUUGGGGGAUGCUUUUAAUAAUAAUGAAUGUAAGAUCCAUAUUAAUCCUAAAGAAUGCUCUCGUAAAAUUUCUGAAUAUGAUUCAUCUGUAAAAAACGUUGUACAAAAUGGGAGUUACUCAUCAUACCAUGGGCAUUCAUGGCUGGAUGGGAAAACUGCAAGUCCCACAGCUGCAUCAGAUAUCACUUACAGAAAACAAGUUAUAACAAGCCCGCAAUCAUCUUCAGGGGUUUCAACCAUGUCUGGUGGCUCUCCUACCCAUCAGUCUAUAACACAGUCCUCUUACUACUCACAGAUCUCACCUGUCCUCUCUUCAAGGAAAGAUGGAAGGUUACAAGUAUCAAAUGGUGUUUCUAAUAAUUUGGGAGUUUCUAAUUUCAUCUCAGAAAAUCAUAAACAAAUGAAGCCCAUUGGACGCUCACAGCAUGAUUCCUUGACUAAUAAGAAGGGGCAAUACCGUAAAUUUCCCAUUAAUUUUUCCUCUGACUGGUUAACACAGCAGAAUUCUGUAAGUGAAGGCUCUGAAAAGUACCAUAGAUUUCAAAAAAAGCAAACCCAGGAGAACAGUAAUAAAGAUGAUAGAAGAGGCAGAAGGAACUGGAUUCCUCAUUUUGGGUAUACAGCCCAAAAUCGUCAGCCGUUCAAUGUGUUCCGAAAAAAGCAAGAACAAAAUGGUGGUAGCAUGUCAGAUUUCAUCAGUCCUUCUUUUCUUCCUUCUUUCCCAUUAAUGUCUGAUUUUAAGCAAAAUCCCAACUUUCCUCCAUUUAAUCACCAUCUGUUUUCAUCAGCCAAUAAUUUCAAUUUUCCUCCUUCACCAUUUCCAUUCUCAGACCUGGUUGACCUUUUUCAUUAUGAUGAUUUUAAUCACUUGAAUCCCUUCAUCAGUGAUCUGUUUUGUGGGGAAAUAACUGCACCAUACUUUGCCUUUCCAACACCAUUUAACAAGUAUAGACCUCCAAGAAAUCGUAGUGGACCUGCUAAUGAGCUUCAUACUCGACUGGAGGAGUGUUAUGAGCAGUGGAGAGCUUUGGAGAAAGAAAGAAAGAAGGCUGAGGCUGACCUUGCAAGAAACUUUCCAGGAAAGCGCAUAUCUAGCUCAAAUAACACUCCUGUGUCCCGACUUCCUGCUAACCCAUCACGAGUUGAUCGUUUGAUUGUGGACCAGUUACGAGAACAAGCCAGAGUGCUCACCUUAAUAGGAAAAAUGGAAAGGCUUCGUGGCACCCCGGUACAUGGAAACAUAUCCGCUACUUUGGAAAAUCAUUUGGAAGCCAUUCACGUAACACAAGCAAGGCGUAAGGAUGAGAUUGUUAAUGCUGCUAAUCCACAGAGACAAGGAGCAUCGCGUUAUAAUAAUGAAAAAGAUGUUCUGGCUCUGGCAGCUGCCAUUAGGGAGUUGGCUGCUUCUACACGCAAGGCUCGUACCGCUUUAUGGUGUGCAUUACAGAUGACUUUACCAAAAACUUCCUUAAGCAGUCCAGAAAAACAAGAAGAAGUUGAACGGGCAUUGCAAGAGCUUUGCCCUGCAAACACAAGCACACAAGAAAGAAGCAACAUGGAGCAUGAAAACAAAGGAAGCAAAAAAGAAAAAUCUGAGGAAUCAAUGAGGAUUCUGGAAUAAUAGCAAAAAAAAAAAAUAGUAGUAGUAAUAAUAAAAGGGAGGCAGAAGGCCGAGGAAGGAGGGAAGGGGAAAGUGGCUUGCAUAGUGCUAUAGAAAAUGUUUUUGAUAGGUUAUCAAAAAGCAAAAAGGGUUAACAUAACUGAUCAGUGCUGCAAUUUUAUUACUGUGAUUCUGGUGUUGAGAGACACGUCUUGUAAUAGUGUUAAUGCAAUUUUAAUAUUGCUGGUAUUGCAAUGUCUGCUACAUAAGAAUUUUAUUAAUAAGAGGAAUUAAACAAUAGCUGAGCAUUUCCUUGUCUGCUUAUCCAAAGCUAUAUAUCAGCUGUGACUGAAGCCGUGACCUGAGAAAACCAGUGAGUGGCAGAACUUAAUUCUCCUUUCUUUGUUGAUUAUACAAUUUAUCAUACUUUUUUAAAAAAAUCCAUUUGUAAGGUAUUUCAUAAUUGUUCAGGGGUCUUUUUUUGUUUGGUUGGGUCUUUUUUGUUUUUUUGCACCAUUCUAUAGUUCUUUUAAGUGCCAAAGUGAUCGCUAAAUAGUUUGCAUCCUGCCACUCAGUACAGACUACUUCACACUUCUGUACUGGGUUUGUGACAGGGAGUCAGAUUAUUCAGGUACUUGCUAACAGUUUGACAAGAAUAAUCAGUGUUUAAUUGUUGGUUGCGUGAAAUGCUUCAGCAGUUGUGCUGCCAACUCAGUUUCCAGCUAAACUAAUGUAAACCAAGAUUUCGUAUAGCAUAAUCCAUGUAACAGAAUGUUUUAUGUAAAAAAAGAACUAAUUUAAGGAGUUUGUAGUUUUUCAGUAAGUACUAGGUUGAAGUACACAUUAGCAGGUGAUAUAAAAUUGUCACUCAGGAUUAGAAAUUAGACUUAGUGAUUCCUCAGUGGGUUAAAAAACAGUAACUAUAUAACUUCGUAUGCACUUAAUUAAAAAAAGUUAUGUUUAUUAAUAUAAGUUCAUGCUACUAUAAUUUUCGAAAACAUUCCAUAUUUAUUUUAAUGCGUUUAUUGAAUGUUUAUUUAAAAUUCUAUUUUAGUAAUAUACAGUUGAUCUUUUGCCAAACCUUCCAAAUAAUCAGAUUUAACAAUUUACUCAGGAAAUAUGUAUAUUAUUAUAUAAAUAUACACAUGGUAUAUAGGGAUUUUUUGGGGGAAGGGAUGUUUGCAAAAUAUUUACACAAAGCUAACUAUAUACUAGGUUACCAAAGCUGUUUAACUGAUUCAUUUUAGCAUGAGAGGAUUUCAUGUAUUUAAUUGCUGUUAACUAGUCUCCAUUCUGUGGCUUAGACAAUCAGAAGUAUUAUGCAUCAGUGUGAAUGUUCAGGGUGAGAAUUAGAAAAGAAUGAGUAAUUCAAGUUUUGUUUGUAGGGUACUUGCACAUAUUUUAAUGCUUUGACAACUGUGUCUUAAUGUUAGAUUAUCUCUUAACAUGUAGUAAUAACCAGCUAAGGUUCUUAGGUAUUAGUAUAUUAAUGAAUGGCUUUGGAGAGCAGUUCUUAUUUUAAAAGUGAAUUAAGUUGGGAUAUGAGGAAAGUUUGAAAGACAAAAAUGAAGAUUUAUCUGUGUUUCAUGAUGUUUGAUGUUGAAUUCGACACUUUGUGGAUAAAUAUAUAAUUGUUUCCAUAUAUAUAUGUACUUGCAAAAUGUUCCAAGAAGAGUCCUGUAGUUUUGAAUCUGAUAAUGUUUUUAGAACAAAUGUAUUCUCAAUAGUACCAUCGUUAACUGUAAUGAGGCAGUAACUACAUAACUUCAUAGACAAAAGUUACAGAAGCCUCAUUUUAAUCCACUGAAUAAAGUUUAAAAAUGGGAGUUGAUAGAAAUCAGCAUCUUAGUAUAGUAAGAUCCUUUCCUAAAGAGAAGUGAAUUCAAUUGAAAUGAAUAUUUUCAGCGUUAGCCUAAAAAAGUGGGUACUGGAGAGUUAUUUUAGUGCUGUGUGAAUGCAUGUGUGCAUGUGCAAUUCAUUUGCACAAAUGAAUUUGAGAACGUUAAAUUUGCUUUUGUGAAACUAAUUAACUAUACUCCAUGGUUUAAAAAGGUGGAGUCUACAGUAUUUGAGUUAAUGGCUGAUUUUGUUUUCGAAUUAUGAUUAGUAUGUUGACAGGAAAUCAGAAUUUGAGUCUUGAUUUGCAUUUCUGUUUACAGAAUAAUUGUAGUCCUGCAGGAUUGUUUUGUAGUGGUGAAUGUAUCGGGCGUAGUAGGUCCGUAUCGUAUUGUUUGUGUGUUAAUUAUUAUUGUGAAGGAUUGUGGUCUUAAUUGGCUCACGAUAGGGUUAAUGUGCCUUUAACAGUCAGUAAAUAACUGUAUGCUUUCAAUUGCAGUCUAAAAACGCAUUUGAAAAGGGUUACAGUGUGGCUGCAUUUGACUAUAGCUAACAAGUAGCAUAUGAUAUUAAUGUUUGUACGUGAUGUCUGAUUAUCCGGUUAUGGGCUCUUUAACAAGCGUAAAGCACCAUAGCUGCUGCGAGUCACCACAGUCCCAAUGUGCUGGUGUCAGACUUUACUGGUCAUACCCCGCGACGUGACUAGUGUGCUCUCUUAUCUCACCUCAUCUUGCUCUGUUUUCUUCAUAAAACCCAUUGGUCUUCAUACAAAAAUGUUACGCCCGUGUCUUUAAACCCUUUGUUUAUGCACAGCUUUAGAGCUAUAAAAAGCAAAAGUCCUUUCGGAGUGCUUAGGUUCUGUUGCUUUAUUACGUACCCUUUUAUAGUUUAGGAGAAAUAAUACUGUAUUUUGUAAAAAAAACCAGUUUACAUCUGGUGUUGCAGUUGCUUUCUUACAGUCAUAAAAGAUUUUUUAGCUGACUAGUGUUUAAUUUGGCAAUGAAGUACAAAUUCUAUGGGUGUUGCAUUGAGUUGUUGGCAUGGUUAAGUAUAACAUUUCUGUUUUUACGGGACUAAUUCUAUUCCGAUUUCAUUGACUUCAGUGGAAGCAGAGUUGAGGUACUAUGUUACACUUCAGCUAGAGAGGUGGUUUUGUUUUGGAGCUUGAUUUUUGAGUUUUUCUGUUUGGGAAGCAAGGAAGUAAAAUUUUGCUGAAUUUCUUGUUUCAGAAUAGCUUUGAGAUUCAGUUGUUCUUUUUUUCUGGUUUGGUUUAUGCAGUUUGAGUUUUUGCAUGAGGUGAAGAAAAUAGCAGAGUUGUAGCUAGUAGUGGCAGCAGUGACACUAGAUUGCUCCCUUUUAAGAGAACAGGAUACUUACGAGUCCCUUUUCAAAUCAAGAUUAUAUGUUUUGAUAGAUAUGAGUGAAUCUUAAAUGCUUCAAAAUCCCAAACUGGUAAUCCAGUAUAUCAUAGAUUUAAAAAAUGUGUGUGUUAAUAACUGGAGACUUCUGAUGAUUUCACCUUAUUUCUCAGAAGAGGGGCUGCUUCAGAGUAAGAACCCCCUUUUUUUUUCUCCUGAUAGGUUCAGCAUCUCUGCUUUUCUUCUGUAUUUAUGAAGUUCCUAUAACUGUUAAGUUACUUUAGUAGUAUUUGUAUAAACUAAAACUAGUGAAUUCGUUUGUCACGACUGCUGUUAGAACAGCAUGUACAGAGAUUGUCUAGCUUUCUGGUGCUUGUGUUACUGAGCCUUUUCAAGAACAGGCGAGUCUGUAUGAUUCUGUUAGUUCCCCAAUGACUGCUGUCUUUUCCCCUAAACUGGAUACUCUUCUUUGCUGUUGGUGUUUGCCAUUGCUAUUAAUCUUUUCCCAGUACCUGGAUAUAUAUCAUUUGGAAAUGAUUUGCCUCACAGCUUGAGACCUGAUGCUCUAGUCUUCAUCAUAAGUCUCUUACUACUCUCAGUACAUUUUCUCUUUGAUGAAGUGCUUUGUAGAAGAUGGAGAGUAUACAAGCAGGAGGCUUUUUGAGGUACUUGCUGGUAUUUUGGCCUUUAUUGCCUUACCAGGCCGUGUGCUGUGUUUACUUCUUGCCUUCCGUGUUAAAUUGUGUGAGUUGGCGUGUGUGUUCUUCUGCUCUUUGAGGCAUGGGAUGCUUGAAUGUCUGUGUUAUCCCCACCCCACACCCUCACCGCUUUCUUACAAACUGGGAUGAGACUUGACAAGGGAAAAAAGGAAGGCCAGGUUUAUUGCCAGAGGCUAGAGAUAAUUGAGAAUCAAGCAGACAAAUGUGACUUACCCUUGUUGUAGCUGAAAUAAAAAAAGAGGUCUUUUUGCCUAGGAAGGUCCUUUCUUCAUUUUCGGAGAAGUGUGAAGGUAUGCCAGAAUUUUGUAGAAGACUUCCUAGCUUUAGUCCUGUGUGCUUUUCCUGUGGAGACCAUGAGCGCAGCUUCCUGGGAUUAUCUUUGAUCUGCUCUCCAGGCUUUCUCCCAUUCUGUUUGCAGAAAUAAAGGAGGAAAGUGGAGCCACAGGAAACCCUACUUGCUGUGGAUAGGAUCACUUCUCUUAACGGCCGUGGCUCCAGUAAUCCCGAAGGUGUGAGCCUGAGGGUCCAAGUGUCUUUGUCUUUCCUUCAGCUGUGCUUCCCUUUCUUCCUCGUCUGCUGGUCAUAGAUGCUGCCAGUGCUUAACUGCUGAGGCUUGUGGUAGAGUCCACGUGUUCUGGUCGCACUCCGGUAGCCAUCCUUCCACCCUCAAAUGGUCUAAUCAUGUGGAAGCGAUUGAUGCUCUCAACUACGUACCGGCUUGAAGUGGCUAGAAUAUGGUUUGGGAAAAGCUGCUUCAAAGUAGCUGGAUGUGGUCUUCCUCUUAGAGCAGGUUCACCAACUCUUGUUUCUCAACCGCUGUCUCUGUCAGGAACGAGAAUGAAGUAGGAUUUAAACCAUCUUUUCUAAAUGCAGUGAAGUACAUAGAAAUAAGAAAGGUCCCAAAUGACAAGGAACACUUCAAAACAUGUAAAUGCUUCAUUGAAUUGUUUAUUUUGGAGUUAUUUUGUUUGUUUUUGUUUUUUGAGAUUUGUUCUUCCUAAAAUUAGAGCAUUCAGCCUUGCUCAGCAUAAUAUUCUCAAAUAUACAAUCUAUAUUAGGUUAUAGCUCUAGUUCUGUUGGAUGUUGGAUUUUCAUUUAAUUGCUGUAGAGAUUAUGCAACAAACAAACCUUAAGCCUAUAUGUGUUUUUUAAAAAGUUAUAUCCUUAUCUGCUCUGAAAGCUGAUUUUAUUCUCUGUUCAAGAGCUGUGAUGUCAAAGUGCUGCAUGUUGGAGCAACCCAAAGCAGUAGGGGCCUGGGGUGGUUUUUUUGGUUCUUUGUAUCUUUGUUUCUUUUGGCAGUGUAUGUGACCUUAGUUGUAAAAUUAAAUUUUUAAUUCUAUUUUAUAUCUACAGUAUUAUGUAGAUAUAUAUAUAUAUUUAAAUAGAGUCAUUAAGGUGGAAAGUUUUGAGUUCAGGAUUAUUUUUUUAAAUCUUCAAGAUUGUAUAUUAUAUUAAAAAAGAAUAGGGAAUGUAUGAGAGGAGUUAAUGUUCAAAUAAACCUUUUUUUUUUCUUUCUUUUUUUUUCUCUUUAAGUGGGUGCAUUUGCAAUUAGGCUACUGAUGAGCUAGGUGUGAUGCUGCUUCCAUUGAAGCCAGUACCUUUAACAGAUUUUUGACUUCAACUGGCUUUGUUGCAUUACUGGCCUGAUAUCUCGAGUUAUGUAGGCUCUUUGUAAAUACGAGCUUAGUAGUUCACCUUGAACAAUUGAUAUAAAGAAACUCCAGAAGGAUGUGUUCCCAACCUUUUUUUAUAAGGUUUCUCACUACACUGACAACUUGGAAUUAGAAGGAUUAUUUUGCUUUCUUUCAAAGCUGAGGAAUAUACCUGCUGCAAAAGCUUUGGCUGAAUUAAAUCUGUGGGUUUCUGAGAAUUUUGCACCUUGUUUUAUCCUGAUCUGCAUGGAUAGAAAUACAGCCUUAACCAUGUGAAGACCUUGAUUCAUUUCCUGUGCAGUUUACCUGUCUCAAUCACCAGCACUUUUUUGUUUUGUAGAAUAUUAUAUAAAAAUUAGGCAUCUAUGAAUUUAUUUUUUGUUAUAGAUUGCUUUAUAAUUUGUUUUUAAAAAAAAACACAUUUUUUCAAUCAGUUCUAUCAGUUAUAUAAUAUGAAGGGUCAUUAUUUUUCUUCGUUAGCAAUACUGUAAUCAAAGGUGCAAAAAUAAGAUGCAUUUGAUGUACGUAGUCUGUGCUGUUAGAGGUUGAAAAUGUAUGGGAUUAUGAGCGACUUACUAAAAAAUUGAGGAACUGGAGCUAUAAAUCCUCUUUGCUGCUUGUUUGCCAAAUAAGCUUUAAAAAAGGAAAUUAUUUGCAUAUAGUGUGUAAAAGCUAGUUAGACCAGAGUCAAAUUUAAAAAAAAAAGAAAUCAUUGCUAGGCAAAGGUUGCUUUACAUUUUUUACUGUAUAAAAUACAACCAGUUUAAAACUUGUUUAUGCACAGUAAUAACUUAAUGAGCAUAGUUUUUUCACAGAAUUAGGCUAUUUCCAAUAUAUAUGGGAAAAAUAAGUUUCCUUUUAUUUUUUAUGACAGAUAUACAAAGAUUAAUAGUGUCUAUAUUUUAAUAUAAUAUUUGGUGUCUGAAGUAUAUCUUUUACAUGUUUGUUGGUCAAACGCAUUUACUUAAAGCAAAUUUUACACCGCUGCUGAAAUAUUACUGAAGGAGGAUUUUGUGAGUUGAUCCAUUUAGUAGACCCAACAGGAAUAUGUGAAAGUAUAAUUUAGCUUAAAAAAAUUUUAAAAAGGUCAAUUGUUGAUUAUACAAGAUUUUAAUCAGUCAGUUUGGCUUAUUCAAGUAUUUCUGUCAAACAACUGUUGAUAUCGAAUUAACGCUGCAAAAAUCUUACUUUCUACCUCCUGUGUAACAUUCUUAAAAUUAUACUUCACAGAUCUCUUUUGGGAUAUACUUUGAUAUUACAGCACGUUGGUACACCUUAACUUGUGAAUCUCCUGUGCUUUUCCUUUCUUCUGUUGGUUGUUUUAUGUGGAACACCAGGAUGCCUUGUGGCUGAGGCUAGAUUAUGUUCACUUGUGCAAAGUAGCUUCAGGCAAGCUGUGUACACUUACACGUGGUCUCUGUUACGCAAAAGGUACAACAGUCGGAAGAUUAUAAGGUUUGUGUUACGUGUAUGGAAGUCUCAGAGGUAUGAGAAUUCUGUAAUAAAUCAUGGCCAGUGUAAUUUUUUAGUAUUUUUAUGUAUGUGAUUGAUUCCUUUUAUUUAAAUAAUCAAUUGUGUUGUAUGUAUGUCCCUAAUAAAUAGUUACAGCUUGUUGUUUCAUUUAGUUCAA